UAUGAAGAUACAUGUACACAGGAUGAAGACUGCCCUGUAGAUGCCGUUUGUAGAAGAACAAAUUGUUAUUGUGCCUCAGGACUGUGCAGUUCCAAGCACUCAACACACUGCAACGGCCGGGUAAAGCUGGAUGAAGAAUGCGUAGCACAAAAAACAGCAAGUAUGAAGAUGGAUACAAUAGCAGCCUAUACAUUUCUAUCACCAACCUUACUCAUCACUCCUUUGGAAACCUCAACGUCCCCACAGUGGCCACAGACAGCACAGGCAGCAGUCAUCUGUCCCAAAACAGGAAGCACCUCUCCUUGUAUCUGUCGCCCCGGA